UAAACAGGAUGCGCUUAGUGACACCAGGUGGCUGCGGACAGUAUUGCAGCUUUGGUUUCCGAGGAAGACGAUAACUAGCGCGCACAACUCCACAACAUUACUUCGAAGUUACGCAGAUUAACAUGGCAACCGAAAAGGAAUAUUUCAAGGGUAUUUCCAAAAUCCCUUACUUGCCUAGUGCUGGACCUCAUGACGUCAUGUGCUUUAAGCAAUACAAUGCUGAAGAGGUGCUGCUGGGCAGAAAGAUGGAAGACUGGUUGAGAUUCUCAGUCUGUUACUGGCAUACCUUCUGUGGAAUUGGUGCGGACCCUUUUGGUUCCCAAACCCUGCAUAGACCCUGGAACCAGGGAACACCAAUGGAAUCCGCCCGGAAUCGUCUCAAUGCUGCCUUCGAGUUCUUCAACAAGCUAGGGGUGAAGUAUUACACCUUUCAUGACAGGGACAUGGCCCCCGAGGGAUCCACUCUGGAGGAGAGCAACAGGAACCUGGACCAGCUGACAGACCUGGCCCUGCAGCUGCAGGCCCAGACCGGGGUGCAGGUGCUGUGGGUCACCUGCAACCUGUUCGCUCACCCGAGGUACAUGAAUGGUGCGGCCACCAACCCUGACAGUCAUGUUUUGGCAUAUGCGGGGGCACAGUUGAAGAAAGGCCUGGACGUUGCCAAAAAGCUGGGAGCAGAGAAUUUCGUAUUUUGGGGAGGCCGUGAAGGCUUCUAUUCCCUUCUCAACACGGACGUAGCCGCAGAGCUGAAGCACAUGGCCAACUUCUUCAAAAUGGCUGUCAGGUACAAAGAAAAGAUUGGACUUAAGUGUCAGUUCCUGAUUGAGCCGAAGCCCAAAGAGCCUUGCAAGCACCAAUAUGACUACGAUGCCAUGAGUGUCAUAGGAUUCCUGAAACACUAUGGACUGGACGACCACUUCAAGCUGAACAUUGAGCCCAACCACACCACCUUGGCGGGCCACUCUUAUGAACAUGACAUCGUCAUGGCCUCUGCUUUUGGCAUGCUGGGUUCGGUUGACUCUAAUACAGGCAGCCCAGACCUGGGCUGGGACACAGACCAGUUCCCUAUGGACACCAAAAACACCACACUGGUCAUGAAGGCGAUCAUUGAACAAGGCGGCCUGCAACCCGGAGGGCUCAACUUUGACGCCAAGGUGCGGCGAGAGUCCACGGACCUGGAGGACCUGUUCAUCGCUCACAUCGGGGCCAUGGAUGCCUUCGCCAGGGGCCUGCGCAACGCCGUGCGCCUCACGGAGGACGGCCUCCUCCCUGGCAUGGUGAAGGAGCGCUACUCCAGCUUCGCCCAGGGCCUCGGACAGAGAGUGGAGGAGGGCACUGCCACUCUAGAGGACAUGGAGGCUUACAUCAAACAGAACGGGGAACCAAAAGUCACAUCUGGGAAGCAAGAAAAAUAUGAAUCCAUCUUUAACCAGUAUAUUUAAUAUUGGUAUUAUACUGUUUGUAAACUGGACAUAUAUUCCAGUAUAAAGUAUUCAGUAGACAAUUGCCCUUUUGUGUCCCGUUUUAUGCAGUUGACUUAACCAUGGAUUAUGCUAUAGUAUUUCUUUCACUUGGUAAUCGCAGAAUGAUUGUUUAGUCUGGUAGGCUAGAUGCAGGAUAUGGUGCACAGUGGAUGUCAACUGGGGGGCUGGGUUGAGCCCAGUUACACAUAUUGUUCUUAGUAUUCCCCACUGCAUUGCAGGAAUAAAGAGAUGACGAAACAAACUGAAA